UCCCCUUGGUGGACAACAAAGGUUUUUCUAGUCUAAAAAUGGCAAGAAACACUAAAUCUUGCAUCAUACAACAUAACAGGAGAAGGUGGGAAAGGGAGGAGUUAAAGUGAAAGAAAAAAUGGUAAUAGGAGGAGGAGGGAUGACAAAAUAUGAGAGGGAGCAGAGAAAUCUAAUGGAGUUUCCCACACAGACGCAGCAGAGGAUAAGGAGCUUAGCAGGCAUAAAAAGUAGAGAGAAUCAUUAUUCAUAAAUAAGACAGCGAGGUUUGUAUGGUUCAGACAGCUUUGUGAAAUCAGCAGCUCUACAUGUGCUCCAUUCUUAAAGAUGGACAACGUGGAAAGAGUUGAACUCUGCUAUCCUCAGUACCUGAACCGAUCCUGCAGCGGACUGAAGAGACCUGGCUCUGAGUCUGUCCUACUCUACACACUACUCUCCUCCAUCACCGUGUCCACUGUUGUUCUGAACCUGCUGGUGAUCAUCUCCAUAUCCUACUUCAGACAGCUGCAGACCCCUACCAACAUGCUGCUGCUCUCCUUGGCCACCUCAGACCUCCUGGUGGGGCUGCUGGUGAUGCCGGUGGAAGCGAUGCGGUUCAUUGAGCCCUGCUGGCUGCUGGGUGAUGUCAUGUGCGCUCUGUCUUACAUUGUCGGCUUCACUCUCACCUCAGCCUCUGUGGGGAACAUGGUGCUCAUAUCGAUAGAUCGCUACGUAGCAAUAUGUUAUCCCCUGCAGUACCCCACAAAAAUCACUCGCAGUAGAAUUGAAGUGUCUGUGAGCCUGUGCUGGGCCUGCUCUCUUCUAUAUAAUGGCCUCAUCCUAAAGGACCACCUUAGGCAGCCGGACAGAUACAAUUCAUGCUAUGGGGAGUGUCUGGUGGUCAUCAGCUACAUCUCUGGAACCAUCGACCUUGUGUUCACUUUUAUUGUGCCUUGCUCGGUUAUUGUCAUUCUGUACAUGAGAGUGUUUGUGGAGGCGGUGUCGCAGGCACGGGCCAUGCAGUCUCACGUUGCAGCUGUCACAGUCACCACAGUUAGAGUCACAGCAAAGAAAUCUGAGAAGAAAGCAGCCAGAACUCUUGGUAUCAUUAUCUUCAUGUUUCUGAUGACUUUCUGUCCGUAUUACUACCCGUCUCUUGCAGGACAAGACAUCUCCAAUAAUGCUUCAUCUUGGGCUAUUGUGUCCUGGAUGGUGUAUUUUAAUUCCUGUUUGAACCCACUUGUAUAUGCUUUUUUCUAUCCCUGGUUCAGAAAAAGUAUUUCUUUAAUUGUCACCCUGAAGAUCCUAAAGCAGGACUGCUCUCAGGCAAACAUACUUUAAACAUGACUGACAUGAAACUGUAGACUGGGAGAAGAAACUUAACAACCAGAAUAGUAACUAAUUUCUACAUGUGAGUGAGCGCUGCCUAGCUGAUCUAUAAGAAAGUUAUCUGCAGCUCAAAUAGGGCGAUUUGGACAGGAAAGUUACAACACAUUGUUUUGUAUUGAACGCAAGUUUAGAUAAUUAUACUUGUUUUAAAUCGCCAAUCCAGUUUCUA